UGUGCUUCUUCUUCACUCGUUUGCUUGCGAUAGAGUCAGACACACAGCAAUCGACGACGCCAUUUUGAAGCGAGCGAGAGUGAAUGUGAUUGUGACUGUGACUGUGCAUCUGCCAAUACAAUUUGCGUGUGGUUUUUUAGUUGAUGCAACAGUACACGACGCGAAUGGCAAAUAGAAAAGAAGUUGCGCAUUAAAAUCGGCGCUUUGGAUUGUAAACAGAGAGAGAGAGAGAGAAGCGAUAACUGGAAAAUAAAAGUAAAAAGAUAUAUAACGAAUUAAUUGAAAGAUGAGCACCAGCAAACCAGGCGUGGUGCUCAACUGUCGCACAUGCACGCGUGCCUGUAAACAAUACAAAUCGCUGCAGGACGAGAUCGAGAUUGGACCAGAGGGCACCACAACGCUCUCCAGCAUGCUCAACUAUUGCUCGAGUCUGUCAUUUGAGCCGCAGGAUGGCGCUCUGAUGCCCCAGCACAUUUGCAUGCAUUGCCUGCAGCUGCUGGAGCAGGCGUUCAAUUUCAAGCGCAUGGUCAUUGAUUCCGAUGAGUUGCUGCGUCUCGGACUCGAAGAAGUGGACAACAACAAUGCCAAUGUCAGCGUCAAUUCGAAUGCUAACAUUGGCAACCAGGAGUUUGUAAUGAUCGAACUGCUUGGCAAUGAGACGGAAUCCGAUGCAACGGCCAAAACAAACUGUGCACCACAUGAUGUUGCCGCACUCGUCGAGACGUAUAGUGAACAGGAGCCGGAACAUGAGCAAGAUGAGUUUGUCAUCGAGGAGAUGACCGAAGCGGAGCCAGAGAUCGAUGGCGAUGUCGAGUUGGAGACAGAGACGGAAACGGAGGACGCAAUGGAGACACUAAAUGAUUUUCAACCGGCUGACAUUGAAUAUGUAACCAUAAAAACCGAAUAUGAUUCGCAAGUGGAGGAUGAGGAUGAUAUCGAGAUCAUGGACUCGCCACGCCUCGAGACGGUUAGUGAGCAAAUGCAAAUCCAAAUGCUUGAUGAUCAAAUGGUCAUCAUGUCUGGCGAAGAUCCCAUCGAUGAAGUGAUCGGCGAAGUGGAAGCAGACGAUAUACUGGACAUUGAGCGUGAGGAGCAUUUGCUAGCUGGUGACAGCGAGGAGUGUGAUGAAUAUCUGGAGGAUUCAAUGGAUGAGACUGCCUCGACACAGGUAGUUACUGGUGUUGGCGGUGGCGUUGGCGGUGAAGUCUUGCCGCAUGUCUGCCAUGUCUGCAAUAAGGCAUUCCGUCAACAGUGUCGCCUUAAUCAGCACAUGCGCUCCCAUGUGGAUGAGAAGCUCUACACGUGCGAGGUGUGCGGCAAGAAGUUGAAGCACCUGCGCAACUACAAGGAGCACAUGUUGACCCACACGAAUGUGAAGCCACAUCAGUGUCUGGUCUGUGCCCGCUUCUAUCGCACCACAUCAAGUCUAGCGGCGCACAUGCGCACCCAUGCCGAGGACAAGCCCUACAAGUGUGAACAAUGUGGACGCAGCUAUGCGGCCUUUGAUCAUCUCCGGCGACACAAGCUGACGCACACGGGCGAGCGUCCCUAUGCCUGUGAUCAGUGUGAUAAGGCCUAUUACGACUCCUCUUCACUGCGUCAGCACAAGAUUAGCCAUACGGGCGAGAAGGCAUUCACGUGCGAAAUCUGCGGCGUUGGCCUUUCUCAAAAGUCGGGCUACAAGAAGCACAUGCUGGUCCAUUCGGGAGAGAAACCACACAAGUGUCCCAUCUGUGGACGUGCCUUUACCUUCACCAGCAACCUGAAUGCCCAUGUCCGUCUGCAUUCGGGCGAAAAGCCAUUCAAAUGCGACAAAUGCAUGAAGGCCUUCCCCACCAAAAAGCGCCUUAAUAGCCAUCUGCGUGUUCACAACAAGGAGGCGCCGGUGACCACAACCAGCAAUACGAUGACCACAAAUACAAAUAUAAAUACCGCCAGCAUGCAUUCGGAACGGAGCUUGACGGCCGGCCGUCGCACCGCCAUGAAUAUGCCAGAUGUAACCGAUCAGCAGGUGUCCACAUCCAAAGUGGUUGUUGUCCUCUAAAUACAAUCACUCAAUCACUAGUCACUAAGCAUAGUUUUAGAACAUACAUUACUUAUACUACAUACAUCCACUAAACUA